CUAGUAGGUAUUAUGGGAAUAACAUUUCCCUAUUUUUUCCUUCAUUUUCCUUAACAAAAAUCUGCAGCUCUAAUGCACAUUGAAUGCUCUUGGCAGGCACUGCUGGAUCUGACUGUCGUGUUGACUGUAAUGUGUGAGAUGUGUUUUCUCCUCUCUACAGACCUGGACUUUUUUUUUUUGCCAUUCUGAUGGUAAAUGAUGAGACAGGCAACCAUGGAUUUCAGCACUCCAUCUGUGUUUGAUCAGCAAAAAGGUGAUUCAUCUGAGGAAGUGGACCUGACCAUGGUGUAUCAGGCGGCCGCUAAUGGAGAUGUCAAUGCUCUGACUUCCGUGAUCCGAGAAGAUCCUUCCAUCCUAGAAUGCUGUGACAGUGAAGGAUGCACGCCGCUGAUGCAUGCAGUUUCGGGACGUCAAGUGGACACAGUCAAGUUGCUGUUGAAGAUGGGGGCCAACAUUAACAUGCAGGACGCUUAUGGGCGCACUAGUCUAUGCCUGGCGACCUAUCUGGGUUGGUUGGAAGGCUGUGUGAGUCUGCUCAGAAAUGGAGCCAAACACAAUAUCCCAGACAAAAAUGGCCGCCUGCCUCUCCACGCUGCUACUGCUGAGCCCGAUGUGAGGCUCCUAACAGUCCUGCUGCAGCAGUCGAAUCUCAGCGAGAUUAAUCACCAGGACAAUGAGGGAAUGACGCCACUCCACUGGGCUGCUUUCCACAACCAGCCUCAACACACACAAAUGCUGCUGAAGAAGGGAGCAGACCCCACCCUUGUGGAUAAAGACUUUAAAACGGCUCUCCACUGGGCAGUCCAGAGCGGAAAUCGAAUUCUGUGCUCCAUCAUACUGAACCACCACCAGGGCCCGUCCAUCAUCAACUAUGAUGACGAGAGUGGCAAGACUUGCGUGCACAUCGCCGCUGCUGCCGGUUUCAGCGACAUCAUUAAUGAAUUGGCAAAGGUCCCUGAGUGUAACCUGCAGGCUCUGGAUGUAGACGACAGGACCCCUCUGCACUGGGCUGCAGCUGCGGGGAAGGCCGACUGUGUGCAGUUGCUGCUGGAGUUGGGCAUGGACAGCAACCUACGGGACAUCAAUGAGAGCACCCCGCUGGCCUAUGCCCUGUACUGUGGCCACACGGCCUGCGUCAGACUCCUCACCCAGGAGAACAGAACAGAGCCUGCUGCACCCACUUCUUCUCAGAACACUAAACCCCCAAAGAAAGAAGGACGCUUCAGCAUGCUCAACCAGAUCUUCAGCAAGAACAAGCAGAGGGCAUCCCAGAAGGAUCCCAGCGGGGACCCACCUAGCGGGGAGGACCCCUCGGAAGUCGAUGACAUCAUCACUUCCUUUGACAGCAUCGUGGACACCAACUGCCAGAAACAGCCUGGUGAGCAGGUGGCUAUGGUCGACUUUAAGAAGAGGAAUACAGAGAAUUCAAAAUACCUCUUGCCAGAAAAGAAGCCUCUGGUCCGCAAGGGGCUUCCACCAAUCAGAACACAGAGUCUUCCUCCCAUUACCCUGGGCAAUAACUUCCUGACGGCCUCCCCAGGGGCCAUGGCCCAAGCCGGCCUGAGUUUUACUCAUCACAGGGCCCAAAGAUCUCAGAAAAGUCGCAGUGAGCAGGAUUUAUUGAAUAACAGAACUGGCUGCCAGGCACUGCUGGAAAACCCCUGGAGGGGUGAUGCCCACCAAAUGUUCUACAAAGCGUGGACGGUGUCUUCCUCUGAUAAGCUCCUAGACAGAUUGCUUACUAGCAAAUUGGGCCACCAGCAGGUCUCAGGGCUGCCGCCUCUUCCUCAUCUGCACAAUUCUGUAUCAGGACAGCAUUUUCAGCAUUUCUCUCCGAGCAGACCCAAAAUCAGGGAACUUCCUUCCACGCGGAACAACUUAACUCCCCUACCAGACCAAAAAUUUCUGUCAGGAGAACCCCUACGUACAAACCGAGUACUUCCUGCUAUUCCAAGCCAACGGGGACACAGCACAGAAGCUGAAGAAGGUGAAAACUUUGCCAACCCUGCUAAUGAUGAAAAUUAACUGUGGGUUGCGGACUGCAAAAAUGGAGAUCAUAUAUAUGUAUGUAUAUGAUAUAUAUACAUAUAUAGGUAUACAUAUA